GCCGGAUGCCAUGAAGGUGGAGCCAACGCCAGCAUGAAGGUCCAGCCGCUCGCUCGCUCUCUCCUGCUGCAGGGAUGGGGAUCGAAGACUCGUUCAACAACUCGGGUACCCAUCGUGCGAGCGAUGAAGCGCAAGCUACUCCAGCGCGACGCCUGUCUACAGCCGCAGCAUCGCCGCGUCACGCAGCACCGAACGCCCGGCUUCCAGCUUGCCUCGAACGCAGCGACAAGCUGACCACGGACCCAGUAUACAGCAGAGAAGGAGAGAGCGGGACGAGCGCCAUGCCAUUGACCGGCCGUCGCUCGCGCAAUCAAAGCAUCGUGGGUGCGCUGCCGGCGUGCCACGUACGGUGUGCUCAAUUGCGUGCGUUUAGCCAGCCGGGAUCGACCACCCAAUAGAAACCGAGAACGCGACCAUGGGAGCGCUCGUGCCCGAAGAUCUGGCCGGGACGACGUACCGCGGGUUCCUCGACGUCGCCGAUGACCGCCAGUUCCUCGUGCGCGUGACCAACGUGGAGGGCUCGAGCCUCAAGGCCGCCGGCCUCGAGCUCGACGACCAGCUGGCGCAGCUGCUGCGCCCGCACAUGCACGUGGUCGCGCGCCGCCUCCAGCAGAGCCCGACGCUCGCAGCCUUCAUGCUCGAGCUCUACGACCUCACGACAAGCGCAUUGCGAGCGCCGUCGUGCGCCCUCGAUGUGCACGCGCCGGCGCUCACGUUCUUUGAGACGCUGCUCAAUGACGUGGCGCAGAUCGGCUGGGACCGCAUCGCCGAGGUCAACACGGACAGGAUCGGCAACUGGAACGGUCUCCAGGUCAAGGUGCUCGACGCCAAGCAGCGCACGCACAUCGUCUCGUUUCUUAUGGAUGCAGCGUACCCUGCGUCGCCGCCUCAGUGUGCGGCCGACAUCCCUGAGCCCAUGCCGCCGCUCCAGUGGUCGGCCACGAGCACCCUCGCCGACGCGCUCGACCAGGUCACGACGGUCUUGGCCAAGUACCAAGACUUUUGGGACGUCCUCGACGACUUGGACAAGAAGUGCUACGUGCUCGAGCCGGCGCGGCCGACGCGCGCGUGCAAACGACGGCGCCUCGCCGUCGUGCCGCAAGCGUCUCUGCAGUUUGAAGUCACCGACCCGCUCAACCCGCGCGCGUUGGUCGACGUUGUCUGGUUCGGGAACGAAGCGACGGUCGGGCCGCUCCGAGAGACGCUCUACAAGCAGCUGACCAAGUGGAAGCCCGCCGAGACGCUCCGGAAGAACCUCGAGCGCGUGUUGAGCCUCAAGUUUCCGUCGCCAUCGACGACCAAGCGCGACGAGUUCCAGCAGGAGUGCGGCAUCUGCUACGCGUACCGAGCCGAAGACGGCGCGAUUCCCGGGCGCAUCUGCGACCAUAAGAGCUGCGCGCGGCCCUUCCACGAGCGCUGCAUCCUCGAGUGGCUCACGUCGAUCGCGACAUCGCGCAAGUCGUUUCAAACCAUCUUUGGCGAGUGCCCGUACUGCCGCGAGCCCAUCUCGGCCAAGCUAUAACCUUAAUAGCGCGCUGUUUGCCCGUAGCUCGACCGCCUCAAGUUGCUCUGCCAAUGACUCGGCAAGCGUCACUCGUUUCAAUGAGACAUCGUGGGCUACUUGUACAUCACGCG